GCUCUAUCGGAGUACCCGCAUCUUGUUAUUGGUUCUAACCAGACGGUUGUAUAACGUACGCACAAUUUCGGAUACAUUGUCUGAAAUUGCGCAAACACAGAUAAUGGAGGCGGAUUUUGAUCCAACGAAGAUACGCGGGGCACGUCAAGCCGUGUAGUCCGCGUCGUGCGGGGAUAAGAACUAACGUUAGCUUAUAAAUGCACGGAUCCCCCUCGUGUCACUAUGCAGUAAGGAGAAGAAAAAAGGAUCUCCUCACGAUAUUUUGACGGACGCCAUCAGGCAAGGGGGAUAGUCUUCGUACACCGACAAAGAAAGCCGACAUGUACUCUCCUAGGAAGUAAUUGCUUAAACACGGACCGUAUAGCUGAGAAGAUCCACAAAGGACUUUGUGGUGAAGCACUCAAGAGCAACACGGAGCACUGAUCUGACUGCCAAGAUUGACUUCUUACAAUACUUAGACAGCGGGAGACGUUUAACAUCAGAUUUAACACAUCACCCUGGAUAGUCCCACUCCUUGUGAGUCCAAGAAAAGGAUUGGGCAAAAAAAGAUAGGGCUUCCAAUCCCUGCAGAGGAUGGCUAAUGGGUGGGAUUCAUACUUCCAUACCCUUCCAACUCCAUCAGAAACAAGCCCUUUGUCAAGGACAUCGGAGUCUGAGGGAAGUCUUACCCACCACAUAGAGAACUUCAUUGGACAUCAUGACUUUCCUGACACGGGGAUUUCACAUGGAUCCUCUGCUACAAACUCAAACUUCAACACAAACUAUUACUCAAAUUCCUCUUUUCAAAAUCCAAGUUCAGAUUGCCUUUAUGAAAGAUACAGCAAUGAAACCCCAUGGCAAGCGGAUGGAGAACAAAUGGUUAAAGAUUACUUGCCAAGAUGUGGGAAUAGUGAAAUCUCAGAUUUUGCCACCGAUGGACUAUUGACACCAGGAUCUUUUGCAACAGACCUACAAGACUGUGGAAUGCUUGCUAAAUCACUUCUUGAGGAUUACUCGGAUGUCAGUAGCUGCUCGGAUGCCGAUGUUGGUGAAAAAAGGCCCUCCUGUAAAUUCAUGGCAGGCAAUUUGGUUUCAAAACCUAAAACUCAUGUUACUACAAAGCCCAGCUCAUCAGAAUGGCUUUUUACUGAUGCUGGAAACAUGAUGGUUCCAACUGAGAGUCUCUGCCCUAAUAAGUCUGACACCAAUGUAGCCAUGUUAAAUGUAAAGGCGGAAGAAACCAUAGUCGAGAUGGAAUGUCGAGAUAAAACUGUCAAUUCUUACAUAGAAAACAAUCAGUCCUCCAUUACUUCUAACAUGGUGACUUCUACAGUGAGCAAGACUGUUGAGGAGGAAAAUGGUGGUGGUUGUCCAGAACGGGAACAAAAGGAGGACGUCGACAAAGAUUUAAUUCAAGAAAAAAGUUCAAACAUCUCCACAAGUAGUGAUGAAAAGUUUACCGACAAUGAAUCUGUAAAUAUCUUGACUACAUUGAACAAUGUGCAAGAUAAUUUAGUGGAACGGGUUCUAAGAAAAAUUGAGGAAUCAUUGAAUGAAGAAACGGAUUAUACCAACUCCAAUAAUAAUCAAGAUAAAAAUAUGCCAGAGGACAAGCAGGCUGAAAGUGAAGUCCUAAGAAGAGAGUCAAGUUUGUUAGAAAAAGAGACUUUUGAUGAGAAGACAACACUAAAUCUCAACUCCACUGAUAGUCAAGAUGAAAGGAUUGACUGUCAGGAGAAAGAAAUUCCGUCAUAUACAAAUACACUCAACAAUUCCGAUGUUGAAUCCUGUUUGCAUAUAUCUGACACUCAGGUUUGUUCAGAUCCAGCUGUUAUGAGUGAUGGUCAUUUCAGCAAAGCAUGUGACCAGACUGAGGAACGUUUUGCAAGUCAUUCAGAUCCUGCCAUACAGCUAACCAGCUCCAGCGCAGAUUCAAAUCCCUGUCUAGAAAAAGAAUGGACCAGUGCAGCAGAGAAUACAAAUUCUCCAGAUCCUGUUUGCAGUGCCACUAGUCUUCUUAUUGAUAGUAACAUGAACAAGCAAGUUGUUGUUGCUGCUGAUGUUGAAUCCUGCUUGAAGCCAAGCAGCUCAAACAGAGACUUAAAUCCUGGUGUAGAAACUGAAUCCCCACCUUCCUCCGUACCAGGUUGUAGUGACCCUGCCCUGACUGGUGACACGAAAGAGGAAAGUUGUUUUAAUGGUUUACAACAUGGCUCACAAUCAAACCCCUUAAACACAGGCACAACUACCUCUGUAGAAAGGAAAUUAACAAGUCCAGCAGAGAACAUAAAUGCAACCUCUCCUCAAGCUCCCUCACAGCAGGGCAGUCCAAAGGCUGUGGAACAAGGAAGUCUCAAUGGAGAUGUUCCUGAAAAUGAAGCAGAGUUGUUUAAAAAGUUGAACACUGCAGAGGAGGCGUCCUUGUCCGGCAUCCUCUAUGGUGAACCACUUUCACGGGACGAUUCUUCAUGUGAUGCGAAUGAAUCCAAACUUGACAUAAGUCCCUACCCAGACACUUCUUUGCCCGAACCUGACCGUAACAGUAUGAACUACUCAGAAGGACAAGCACCGCAACUCAUGUCUUCUAUUGAGUUGAGAAAAAGCCUGCAACCUGUUGUAGUAUUAAGAACAUCAGAGCCAGCAAAUGGAGAGGAUAACUCCUAUCAUUGCGCGAAUUGCCAACACACAACUUACAAUUUACAUAAUUUAAUUGAACACCACCACUGUUGCCAUUCAGUGCAAAACUUCCAGUUUUGCAUGACUUGUAAUGUCUACCUGAUGGUGAGGAACGAACAAUCAGAGAAACAUGUGUGUUGUCAGACCAACGAUGGCCCUUUGCUCUCUUCAGACUCGAGCUUACCGACGCAAAAAAAACGCCGUGGCGGCCACAGGUGCAUUAGAUGCAGACUGGUAUUUUCCAAGCUCAAUGAAUAUAUCAAGCAUAUGCGAUCUCACACUGGCAAAACUCCCUAUAGGUGCAAUGCAUGCGGAUUAUAUUUUACACAGUCUUGUAGCAUGCGAAGGCACAAGAAAAUACCAGGCAGAUGCAGGGGGUCAAAAGUUAGAUAUUCAAAUGCUGAUAUCAAGGAAACUAAAAGACCAGCACAAGACGACCAUCCAUUGAGCCAACCGUGUCCAAAUCUACCUGAAUGUUUUGUAAAGCUGGUCGACAUCUCUAAAACUCAUCAGUCUUCAAUUGCAGAGAAGUUUAAAAACCACUUCAACAACAAAAACAAAGGGGAAGAUCCAGCUGCUGAAUCAAGUCUGCAUACCACAAAACACAGUGGAGAAAGAACUCCAGAAUUGGAUGGAAAAUAUAAAUGCCCCAUCUGUCCACGGCUUUUCAAGUACUCCUUCAACAGAGCUCGUCAUUUGCGUGACUGUGUAAGAAACUCCAUGUGUGAGGGGAAGGGGAAAAUCGCUGGUAAAUAUCAGUGUCCCUUGUGCCAUGUUACCUUCACUUUGUCAAGCAAUCGAUACAGACAUGUUAAAUCAAUUUGCCUGAGAGAAUGUAUAAUUCGACUUUCACAAUCAAGGGCAACGUCAAAGGAACAGCUUCAACAGAAAACAACUAAUGAGAUUGAGCAGAAGACACAGUCUAGGAAAAGUGAAUGGAAAAAACGUCCUAGGGAAUCCGCUCCAGCUUUAACAUCCCUUCAAACUGUACAGCGUUACAAAUGCAAUCUUUGUCCAGCUGUUUUUUGUCAUGCUUCCGGAAAGUACAGACAUAUGAAGAAACAUGAGCUGUUUAAACUCACUGGCAAAAUGGUCAGAUACAGGAAUUCAGUUUCUUCCACCAUGACUAAACCAGCAACUUUAAGUAGCACAAUUGCUGAAGAGAAUGAGACAACUGGCAGUGUUGUUCUGAGCUGUAGGUUUUGUGGUAAAUGUUUCAACACACCACAGUCACUAAAGAAACAUCUUCGCAGUCAUAGAGGUGAAAAGCCAUACCGCUGUCUGGAAUGUGGCAAAGCGUUCAAAAAACGCGCCAAUCUCAUUGGUCAUAAAAUUGUUCACCGGAGGAGGAUACAGUGCACUGUCUGCCAAAAGAUUUUUCCAACUGUUGGUGAUCUAAUCCAGCACAGAAGCUCUCAUCUUAAAAGGGGAAUGCUUCAAUGCCCAGACUGUCCCCUACAGUUCCAGUAUCCUGCACAUCUCCUUAGACACGUGGAUUCCCACAAAAGAAGAGAAAACCGGACAAGUCAACUCAGAGAGAGACCUUCAUUAAAACCACAGGAGUCCUUGGAAUCUGUAAAAGAACCGACUGGGCCAAAGCAGCUUGAGUGUUCCCUAUGCAAGGAAGUAUUUGAAGAUGCCCAACUACUAAGAAAACAUUGUCUUGCACAUAUAUCUGGAUCCUCGUUAAACCAGUGUCCGUUUUGCAAAGCGGAUUUCAGUAAUCGCCGCUAUUUGCUGCGCCACAUGAUCAAACAUACUGGAGACGCGCCCUUUUCCUGCGCUAACUGUGGAAGACAGUUUUACCGUUACUUGUAUCUGAAGCUUCAUGGAGAGAAGUGUUUGCCUGCUCAAACCAGAAAUGUGACGACAAUAUACUCUGACACUAAGAAAGGGACACUCGUGUGCUUAUACUGUCCACGGAGAUUUUCAAGGAAAAAUCGCCUUAAAAACCAUCACAAUGGCCAUAAAGCAAACACUUUGCGACCAUGCUCAAGAUGUGGGCAGUGCUAUGGAUAUACAAAAUUAAAUCAUCAUCAGAGGAACUGCACAGAAACAUCAGAGUUCAAGAAUGGCUUGCCAUUGAUCAAUGGUGAUGUCAGCGAAAGCAAUUCACAGGCAAGGCAAAAUGUCCCCAUAAUGCCUCAAAAGUCCAAUGGAACUCGUAUGCUUCCAUUGAAAUGUCCACACUGUACAAAGAGGUUCAAGUACAGGUCAUUACUUUUGAGACAUAUUGUGUCUCACACUGGGGUUCAACCAUAUGCAUGUAUGCACUGUGGACAAGGUUAUAGAAACCAGUCGACGUGUUUGCAGCAUGAAGCUUUCUGUGAUGGUAUCCACAAAGAAAGGUCGUCGAAAGUCAAAGGUACUGCUGCAACUCAAUUGUCAAAGAUUGACAGUCUCAGUGAGACUGCGCCAAAGCCCAAGGCAGAAGGGGAAGUCGUUUUAAAGUGCAAAUUCUGCACCAAGACCUUCGUGAAAUCACGAAGCUUGAGACGUCACAUUUUGACACACAAUGAAGUAAAACCAUAUCGCUGUAGGGCCUGUGACUGCUGCUAUUCAAGGUAUGAUUACCUCAAAGUACAUCAGACUCGCUGCAAAGGAAAAAAAAAACGCUUGGAAGUCUGUAUUCCCAAAAUCAGUUUAGAUGACAUUGGCAAAGGUUGGCAAAAUAAGUCUGGUAUGCUGGCAGUUGAUGUAAAGCAUGAGGCAUUUGAGUGCAAAGUCUGUACAAGGAGCUUCUCCGCACAGUCAAAACUUUCCCGACAUGUCACCAUGUUCCAUAUGACAAAACUAUUCAAGUGCACACCAUGUGGCUCGUCAUUUGCUCACGAAAAGUCUCUGAGAAAGCACAGGAAGAAGAAAAGGUGCAAGACUAUCUCCAAAGAAUCGAACGCAUCUCCUCCGCUGGAGACAGAAAAUGUGACAACGCCGCUGAAGGGGGUGAGAAAUCGAUUAAUACAGCGUAUGCAACCUUAUUUGAGCAAAAAGUACAAAUACGCAUGUAAUUAUUGCCCCCGUGCUUUUCAAAAUGCCUGGCAAUUGGACGUGCACACCCGUCUGCACACAGGAGAAAGGCCGUAUGCUUGUGAUGAUUGUGGUGAGAGAUUUAUAAGGAAGGAUUACGUGAAGCGUCAUUCCGUGAAGUGCACUAAAGAAAGAACGAUUGUAAUGCCGACAUCCAGGUCCACGGUUUUCCAAAACCAACAGUCACCCACUAAAAGCACACCAGAAGGCUUUUCUUGUGCAUAUUGUAGUUCCCGUUUCUUGCUGUUUUCACAGCUUCAAGAGCAUUUUUUAAAUGCACACAAGCCGGAAACAAAGGGUCCACCAAUGUCCUCUUCUCCAUUACAACACCAUUUGUCAAAUAUACCAAACAUCAAAAAAGAGCCUUUGGAUGAGAGUUGUGACAAAGAGUUCAGUGAUGGUGCUACAUUGAUAGAUACAGAUUCAACUGUUGAGAGUAAGGUCCCCAAUUUAUUGUCCUGCCAAGACUGCGAUGCGUCCUUUGCAAAUAAAGCUGGACUAACUAGUCAUCUGCGUGUGCACUCAAUAGGGCAUCCUUAUAAUUGUAUAACGUGCAAGAAGGGCUUCUGGAAUAAAUGGCUUCUCCAUAAUCACAAAAAGAAAUGUAGAUUUGGCCACAUUUCAAAGAGAAGUACCACCCAACAGUCACACGUCCCUUUGAAAGCAGAGAUUGAUUUUGUGCUGAAUGACUCUGUUCUAGUGUUCAAAGAGGCUUCUGAAUCUAGUGGCACUGGCGUUUUGCAGACCAACUUCUCCUGCAAAGAUGAAGUAACUGACAAAUCCCCAGACAAUUCUGAAGAACAGGUACAUAGCAGCUCAAGUAAUGAGAAGAAAGCUGUUCAGUACCAAUGUUCAGAAUGUGAUAAAAGCUUCACUGAUGGCUUAAUGCUCAUAAGUCACCUUGAAGACCAUGGAAGACAAGAUCAAGCGAAAAAGCGCAAUGCGUGUGUAGAGUGUGGGCAGGUGUUCGCUAAUCAAGGGAAUCUUGUAAGACACAUGAAGAUGCAUGACGAUGAUCGGAAAUUCCCUUGCCCUGAAUGCGACAAGACUUUUAAGAACCAAUCUGAAGUAGAUAUCCACCAAUAUAGCCAUGACCCCAAUAGGUCUUUUACUUGCAGACUGUGUAAUCAAGGGUUUCAGAAAAGACAAUCUUUGUGUGAUCAUUACAAAGAUGACCACCCAGACAAUAUGUUUACUUGUCGUUUCUGUAGCAAGGUCUAUUCAGUAAAAAAAUCUCUUGCGAGACAUUAUAGAAGAUGGCAUCGAGAUGAGCAGAGGAAUCUUGGGAGAACUGCUCAGGAAAAGAGCUCCACAGCGCAGCAAUCCAGCAGUCAAGUCAGCACAACUGGAGAAAGCGAUGAAGAUAGAAAUACCGGCAGUGAGGGUAGCGACUCAGACUCUGCGCCCUACUUUCCAUGCCACGUGUGUGGAAAGACAUUCCCAACAUCAGAAGGUCUUGAGGACCAUCAGCUGUGUCACCUGGGUGAAAAACCGCAUGAAUGUGCAGAAUGUGGUAAAUGUUUUUUCCAGGCUUCUCAGUUGCAGCAGCAUGAACGCAUGCACAAGUCAGAAUAUCAGUGUCAGGCAUGCGGUAGGGGUUUCGUCACGCUCUUUGCGCUACGUAAACACAAGCAUACUCAUGGAAAGAACCGUCCCUACCGUUGUUCCAAGUGUGACUUCAGUUUCGCAGGGCCGUUGAAGUUGGCAGAACACAUGUCCACCCACCGUGAAGAGAACUUUCCCUGUGAUAUAUGCAAUCGUGUGUUUCCCUCCAAGAGCAGCAGAGUUGAGCAUCGGAAAAGCCACUCAAAGACAAGUGACUGUCCCCUUCCUCUAGUUAGGGAAGAACACGCCAUGUCUGCCUCCCUCUCUGAAGGCUCAUGGGUAUCCCCUAAAGAACUCAAAUAUCGCUGUGGUGUUUGUAGUGAGCGUUUCAAAGACCCAGAGGAGCUCUCAGAGCACGGUUGCAUGGAAGCCAAAGAGCGGCCACACUCAUGCUCGGACUGCGAUAAACAUUUUCUGCAUGCCUCUCACCUGGAAAAGCACAGAACCACCAGUCACCUAUCGCUGUCUAACAGGGGAUAUCGGUGCAACCAAUGCAACAAUAGCUUUUCCACCUCUCAGCACUUCCUCUACCAUCUGAAGAGCCAUGGCGUAAUCGCAGCAGAACUCAAACAAAACACUAACGCUACAGAUGUGGCUCAAUCAAACGGUUUCAUAUGUCCAGUUUGCCAUCUGUGUUUUUCCAAUGCUGCAGAGUUGAUGAGUCAUUUCCCUACGCAUUCCGAUGGUACUUUUGAGUGCCAAAUUUGUAAAGUGACAUUUCCCUCUAAGAGUAAACUUGAAGAGCAUGAGUGCCAUCAUGCAACAUCAGCUAAGGAAUUUGAAUGCAAAGAGUGUGACCAGAGGUUUUGGGGAAAAGAUUCUUUGAAGCAGCACCACUGUUCCCACCAAAAGGGCACAUCAAAAGAGACUGAACACUCCCAUCCAUCAGCCAAGACCUCCGAACCCCCUCAUUAUCAAACAGCAGGAGAGGAGGAAGAGAUUGAUGUUACUGGAGAGGACUUUUUCAAAUGCUCUGUAUGUUCAAUACAGUUUUCCUCAAAGAGUGCUCUUUUGGAGCAUCAAAAUAAAUGGCACCCAAAUGAAAAAACAUUCAAAUGCAAGCUUUGUGGAAAGAAUUUUGCCAGGAGGCGGUACCUCGUAUUGCAUGAGAAAAGGCAUCUUCAACUGUUGACGUUUAAGUGUACGCAGUGCCACUCCACAUUCAAUACAGCGAAAGAGCUGUCAUUGCAUAUGAGAUCGCAUGCAGAAAAGGAUGUUGGUAAGUUUCGCUGCGAUAUGUGCUACAAGUCAUUCAGCGAGUCGUCUGAUCUGAAGCAGCACCAAGAAAGUCAUGUCGGCCAAGUUGUAUAUGAAUGCACAGAAUGCGACAAAGCCUUUGCUUUUCCCCACCUACUGGAUGAACAUCAACAGACUCAUGCUGGGUCCUCUGUGUAAAUCCAUCCUUUAAUCCCUUCCAUGCCCUCCACUUGUUAUCACAACUUGACUCUUAGUUUGUAUUUUUGACUAGCAAAUAAUUUGUCUCAUAACAUACCAUCUUCUCCUGUUUCUAUGUACAGUGUGUGUAUAUGUAUAUAUUAUUUUUUUUUUUGGAAUAUGAGAUUUGUAUACAGUAAUUGAGCCAGUUCAUUUCUUGACAGUGUUUUUAAAUCUCUAAAAAAAACAUGUGUAAAGCUGUAACAUUAAACUUUUGUGUGAUGAAGCUGGUGCAUGAUGGGAUAAAUAUAGAAAGUCUACUGUAAUUUGUAAGAUUAAUGAUAGGAAACUGGUCAUUUUAAUCUUGGCAUUUUCUAUGACUAUUUACUGUAUAAUUUUUCAGUUAAACCUUUCCCUGUAUAUAAUGGCUUGCAUUUUCUUUUCUCAAGUUGCUAGUGUGAAAGUUUACUCUGUGCAUUCAACAUUGAAAAUAUGUUUUAUUCUUUUGAAACCACAUGUUAUUACUUUCUUAAGAAGUUUGACUUGCAUUCAAUUAAGGAGUAAAGUCAACUGGAAAAUCAAUUUGUGUCUU